GCGGAAGCCCUGCUCUCUCUGCUCAGCCGCCGCCAUAGAGGGGCUUUGUGUCAGCCGGCACAAAGUGAGGAUUGAUGCCGCUUCCCCUCCCCCUGCCGCGCCGAGCGGGACCGCAGACGGCUCCGACAAAGGUCCCCUUCUCCCUCCCGCCGGGGACGGGGUGCUGCCCCGCUGAGGGGUCUCCCCGGCGGCACCACGCACGGGCAGAGGCACCCACUGCCCUCCUGCAGUGGCGCCGGGGACCCCCAGGGCCCGUCCUCAGCCUCUCCCAGGCCACCCUGCUGCUGCUGGGGUCCUGCCGGGGCAGCUGGGCCUCCCCGCAGCGUGGUGAGCCGGGGCUGGGGCAGCCUUCAGCAGCAGGUCCCGGCCCUGCUGUCGCUGCUGCGAAGAGUGCCGGGGGCUCCCUGCCCGCCUGGGCUCUCCCAGGGCCUGAGAGGGGGCACAGCCCCUCUGCUCCCCCCUCAACCUGAGGUGUCGGUGCCAUCCCGGCCGCCCCUGCUCCCCUCUGCCAAUGUGGAGCAAGUGGAGCUUUGUCGGGGCGGGUUUGAUGGAGGCCGGAGGCGGUGGGGGAGCAGAUGUGCCAUGCUGGAACCUGCCGUGCGGUGUUCUGAGCGUGCCGAGGAAUAUUGUCACUUGCCUGGAUUUCAGUUCGGAAUGGCCUAAGAGGAGCUCAUAUCAGCAUUCAUUAUCUAUCUCCCAGCCCCUCCCGAUGCGUAAUAACAAGUCAUCACGUUAUUGAGAGUGACUUGGAAAAGUUUCAGAAAAUGUGCCUCUGAAUGAAGAGCAGAUUGUGAGUUUUGUUGAAUUCAGGCUAGGUUUGCUCGGCACGGCGCGUUCUCGGCAGCGGGUUCUGCAUUGAGGCAUCUGGAUGAGCCGGCGGAGCCGCGCAGGCAGCGGCGCGGGGUUUGUCUGGGCUGUGCCCCGCAGCAGGGACCUCGGCUCCUCGGCCACCCUGAGCACGGGGAGCCCGUCGGGAGGGGAGGGUGAGCCCCCACGGCUCGGGGUGCGCCUGUCGCCGUGCUCGGGGGAUGAAACUGCGUGGGGAGCAAAGCGGCUCCGCUCAGCUCUGCGUGUGCUGGGUCUCAUGCGGGCCGGAGCGGAGCGCUCUCCUGGGUGUGGUUCCUCAGCAAUAGCGUUUUCACCAUUCCUGGUCUCUCGCUUCUGUCGUGUUGGACUCCCCAGGUGGUCUGGCUGUUCGUGUGACAUUAUUAUUAUUUACAUAGGGCCCAGACUUGCUCUUUUUUAUUGCCCGCAGCACGAUGUUUGUUCAGACUGGGCAUUGUGAAGUGUAAACCCAGGUCCCACUUGGCACCAGCACUCACCUCUGCCUUUUCUAGAAGCAGAUCAGUCCAUCAUGCCUGAGGUGCGAGACCUCUCCGAUGCCCUGCCCGACCUGCCGAUGGAUCCCAUCACGGGCGUUGGUGUGGUCGCGUCCCGGAACCGAGCACCCACUGGUUAUGAUGUUGUUGCACAAACAGCAGAUGGCUUGGACGCUGACCUCUGGAAAGAUGGCUUAUUUAAAUCCAAGGUCACACGAUACCUGUGCUUCACAAGAGCCUUUUCAAAAGAAAAUAGUCAUUUAGGCAACGUCUUGGUGGACAUGAAGCUCAUUGACAUCAAGGACACUUUACCCGUGGGCUUCAUCCCCAUCCAGGAGACCAUCGACACACAAGAAGUAGCUUUCAGAAAGAAGAGGCUGUGCAUUAAAUUCAUCCCUCGCGAUUCCACGGAGGCAGCGAUCUGUGAUAUCCGAAUCCUGGGCAGAUCUAAACAGGCCCCUCCUCAGUACACGUUCAUAGGGGAGCUGAACAGCAUGGGCAUUUGGUACCGCAUGGGCAGAGUUCCACGCAACCACGAACCUUCCCAGCCUGCGACUCCUCCUUCCCAAGUACCAUCCUCCACACCAGCUCCCAACCUGCCAAGGCAUAUCUCGCUGACGCUCCCCGCCAGCUUCCGAGGGAAAAGUCACAGCACUCGCCUGGACUUGGAGCACCAGCACUCGAAUCUGUAUGCCAUCUCAGCGAUGGAUGGAGUGCCUUUCAUGAUUUCGGAGAAGUUUGCCUGCGCUCCUGAAGGGAUGCAGCCGGUUGAUCUCUUGGGCAUCACAAUCAAAACCCUUGCAGAAAUCGAAAAGGAGCGUGUCUUCUGAAGCAGCCAUAAUCUA